UUGGCACGAUGGGGAUUCAGGGACUACUCCAGUUCAUCAAGGAAGCUUCUGAACCCAUCAAUGUGAAGAAGUACAAAGGACAGACAGUUGCUGUGGAUACCUACUGCUGGCUUCACAAAGGAGCUAUCUCCUGUGCUGAAAAAUUAGCCAAAGGGGAACCUACAGAUAAGUAUGUAGGAUUUUGUAUGAAGUUUGUCAAUAUGCUGCUGUCUCAUGGGGUAAAGCCUAUUCUUGUCUUUGAUGGCUGUACCUUACCUUCUAAAAAGGAAGUGGAGAGAUCUCGAAGAGAGAGACGACAAAGCAACCUUCUUAAAGGGAAGCAGCUUCUUCGAGAGGGCAAAGUGUCAGAAGCCCGAGAAUGUUUCACCCGCUCUGUCAACAUUACCCACGCCAUGGCCCACAAAGUAAUAAAAGCUGCCCGGGCCCUGGGAGUGGACUGCCUGGUGGCUCCCUAUGAAGCGGAUGCUCAGUUGGCCUAUCUUAACAAAGCUGGAAUUGUGCAAGCUGUCAUCACAGAGGACUCCGACCUCCUGGCAUUCGGCUGUAAGAAGGUGAUUUUAAAAAUGGACCAAUUUGGAAAUGGACUGGAAGUGGAUCAGGCACGCCUGGGCAUGUGCAAGCAGCUUGGGGAUGUGUUCACGGAGGAGAAGUUCCGGUACAUGUGCAUUCUGUCAGGCUGUGAUUAUCUCUCCUCCCUUCGUGGGAUUGGCUUAGCAAAGGCCUGCAAAGUACUGAAACUGGCCAAUAACCCGGAUAUUGUCAAGGUUAUCAAGAAAAUUGGGCAUUAUCUCAAGAUGAAUAUAACGGUGCCGGAGGAUUACGUCACGGGGUUCAUCCGAGCCAACAACACUUUCCUCUACCAGCUGGUAUUCGACCCCAUCCAAAGGAAGCUGGUCCCUCUGAACACAUAUGGCGAUGACAUUAACCCAGAAACCCUGAGCUACGCCGGGCGGUAUGUCGAUGAUUCUAUAGCUCUGCAAAUAGCACUUGGAAACAAAGAUAUAGAUACCUUUGAGCAGAUUGACGACUACAGUCCAGACACUAUGCCUGUCCACUCAAGAAGUCAUAGCUGGAAUGACAAAGCGUGUCAGAAAUCACCUGUUGCCAAUAGCAUUUGGCACAGGGAUUAUUGUCCUAGACGUGAGGUGAAUGGUGUUUCCCGUGAUCCUCAGUUGAUGGAAAAUACAAGUACUGUGGGCCUUAAACAAGUGAUUAGUACUAAAGGGUUAAAUCUUCCCAGGAAGUCUUCCAUGGUGAAGAGACCAAGAAAUGAAGCUCUGUCUGAAGAUGACCUGUUGAGUCAGUAUUCGUCAUUUACAAAGAAGACCAAGAAAAAUAGCUGUGGAGAUAGCGCAGCUUCUAACUCUUCUGAAAUGGCUGCACCCCACCUGGAUGAUGGGACUGCACACAAGACAGAUGCACACACUCCAUCUAGGACAAGGAACAAAUUCGCAGUGUUUUUACAGAGGAAGAAUGAGGAGAGUGGUGCAGUUGUAGUCCCGGGGACCAGAAGCAGGUUUUUUUGCAGUUCCCCAGAUUUUGAUGACUUUGUGCCAAAAAAAAGAAGCAGUCAGCCUCUAAAUGAAACUACUGUUGAAGGCAAAGCCACUACCAGCCUCAGAGCCCCGGACUAUCCAGGCACAGACAGCCUCCGAGUCCCGGAGUGUCCAGGCACAGACAGCCUCCGAGUCCCGGAGUGUCCAGACACAGCCGGCCUCCGAGCCCCGGACUGUCCAGGCACAGAUGGCCAGAAGCUGGUUGACAUAAGUGGGACAGAGGAUCCAAGUGCUCAGAUCCCAGACAGUGUGACUGUGUCUCCUGAUGAGGAUCCUCAGUCUUCUGAGACCAGUAAAUUCACAGAGACCAUUUCCCCACCCACUCUGGGGACACUUAGAAAUUGUUUCAGUUGGGCAGGAACUCUUAAAGAUUUUUCAAAAACUGCAAGACCUUCUCCAAGCACUGUGUUGCAGAAGUUCCGAAGACAGAGUGAGCCCCCCUCCUGUCUACCAGAGACCUGUGCCAUGACUGGCACGUGUCAUUCAAAGAGUGAGAUGUCAAAUUCUAAGUCUCUGCACUUGCAUGAGGUGGACUGGUCCUCACAAUCUCUGGAAAGUAUAGACUCACAGUGCAGUUUAAAUGCAUCGAGCAUUUCCCAGCCUUCCAGUAAGGAAUCAGAUUCAGAGGAAUCGGAUUGUAACAAUAAGUCACUUGAUAUUCAAGGAAAUCAGAACUCCAAGCAACAGUUACCUCCCUUUUCAAAGAAAAACACACUUGCAAAGAACAAGGUUCCUGGGCUGUGUAGAUCUAGUUCUACAGACUCUCUUUCUACAACCAAGAUCAAGCCCCUGAUGCCUGCCAGAGUCAGUGGCCUGAGCAAGAAACUAGGAAGCAUCCAGAAGAGAAAACACCAUGAUGCCGAGAACAAGCCGGGGCUGCAGAUAAAAAUCAGCGAACUCUGGAAAAACUUCGGGUUUAAAAAAGACUCUGAAAAGCUUGCUUCCUGUAAGAAGCCCCUGUCCCCAGUCAAGGAUAACAUCCAACUCACUCCAGAGUCAGAAGACGAGCUCUUUAACAAGCCCGAGUGUGCGCGUGCUCAGAGAGCAAUAUUCCCACUGAGUGAGGGCUGCUGCCUAUAGGAAAACCUUACCGGUUCCAGAGAAUGCAUUUUGUAUAUUAAUUUUGUGACUUUCUUUGCUCAGCUUUUUAUAUUGUCAUAGAAAGCUAAAUAGAAGAAUAAAUUUGCCUUUUAUA